AUGUCAGAUCUAUCAACAAAUGGUAGGUCCAUAUUGAAUAAUAUAGAUUGUCAGAAUCAUACCAAUUCACGCCCAAAACUUCAACCAGUACGGGUGAAAGAGUUGUUGCAUUUAUGUGAAAGUGAUGAUGACGAAAGUGAAGAUAAACCACAAGAUUCUGAUAUUGAAUCAGAUUCUGAUGACCCUCAGUCUUUAUCACAAGAUGAUUGUAUUGAAGAUGUUUUUAAUAAAUCAUCAUCCAUGCAUAACAUAACAUAUGAUAAUGAGAUAAAAACAGCUUGUGAAAUUUCACAUACAAUUGUUUCUUCAGAAGCUGAAAAAUCUGUAUCAGUCAAUAAUAUUACAGAAUGUACAUCAGAAAAUAAAUCUGUAUUUCAUGAACAUGAUUAUAAUGAGAAAAGUGAAAAAAAUAUAGAGUGUGAACAAUCAAAUCAGAUGCAAUUAAGUAUUGAAAUUCAUACAGAAGAAAAGAUUGCUCAAACUGAACACAAAAAUAAACAUGUUACUAAUAUGGAUAUUAAAAAAUCAUUAAAUCAGGAGCAACCACAUAAAAGUGAACUUCAAUCUUUUGACCAACAAUGUUCUUCUAAAAUAAACAAUAAUAGUGAUUCCAAUGCUUUUGUAUUUCAACAUUCUGGAUAUGUAUUACAAUCUGGAGUACAUAACAUACAAAAUGCAAAUAUCAACAGAGGAACAUUAGCAUUAAAGUCAAUACCAAAUGAAGAAGAAACCCAUCAUGAAAGUGUAUCUUCUGCUUAUAAAGCAUUAACAUCAGAUAUAGGAUUAUCUGUAAAUUCUACUGAUCAGUGGGUUUUACAAACACCUUUAAAACAUGCACCAGUUAAUUCUACACAUCCAGAUCCAUGUUUCUCUCGAAGAAAUAUUAUUCAUACACCACAAAACAAAUUAUCUGAUAUACCUAAUAAUCAUGGGCUAACUCCAGCUACAACUUCAUCUCAUUGGUUUCAGAAUAGUGUAAAGCAAACCCCAUUGCAAAAUAGAAGUAAUAAUUUGAAAAAUUCUGUACAAACUCCAGACAACACUGUUUAUUUUACACUAAGUAAUGGAAAACAUGAAACACCAAAGUAUUUAAAUACAAAUGGUAUGGUAAGAAGACCUUUAGUAGAUACAGCAGGUUUCACACAGAAGGAUGCUUCAGGAAAACGUUUGCUUCAAGGGUUUCAGCUUUCCAAAGUAAACGAAAUAACACCUACUGCUCAGGCUAAACUAACCAGUAAAAAUUUAGACAACAAAAUAAGUUUAUCACGACAAGUAUUUCAAACCUCAGAAAAUGUUGUGCAUUUGGAAUCAGAUGUUAAUGAAGAAUUGAAAGAAAAUAGAUACUCAAAUAUAGACAAUGCAUUGGUGAAUAAAGAAAUAAAUAAAGCAUCAAAUAGUAAAUAUGUUUCUCAUUAUCCUAAAGAUAGCAAAGAAAUCUUAAAAGCAGUGUGCAAUCAUUCUCAAAAACAACAUUCAGAGGCUAAUAACAAAAAUCAGCAACAAGAGUUAAAAGAAACAGUAGAUAAUGCAUCAAAUGUACAAUUUUCAAUGCCAUAUAACAUUUCUAAAUCAAGGCAAAGCAAAACUAUUUUUGUAAAAGGAAAAGAGUAUUUGGUCUUAGGUACACUUGGUCAUGGUAUGAGUGGAGAAGUUUUAAGAGUGCAAAACUUAUCCUCUCUUGAAUUAUGUGCUAUUAAGUGUGUUAAUCUUAAGAGUAUGGACAAGGAAUCAGCACAAGGUUGUUUAGAAGAAAUUUCAAUGUUACAUAAAUUACAAGCACCAUGUGUUGUUAAAAUGUUUGACUAUGAAAUUAAAUAUCCAAUGGUUUAUGUAGUAAUGGAAAUGGGAGAUACCGAUCUCAGCCGUCUUUUGAAAACGAUGUCACAGGAAAAGCAAAUUCCUCUUACAAUGAUUUUAUAUUAUUGGACCGAAAUGUUAACAGCUGUUAAGCAUAUACACGAUAACGGAGUAAUUCAUUCAGACUUAAAACCAGCAAAUUUUUUAUUAGUCCGAGGAAGAUUAAAACUUAUAGAUUUUGGAAUUGCUUCUAGUAUGAAUGCUGAUAUGACGUCUGUGAUAAAAAACUGUCCAAUUGGAACUUUAAAUUAUAUUAGUCCAGAAGCUUUAAUGGAUAUUGGUGAAAAUUCGGAUUCUUCUUCAGAGAAUGUCAAAUAUAAGAUAAAUUUUAAGUCAGAUGUAUGGUCUUUAGGAUGUAUUUUGUAUAGUUUAGUGUAUGGCCAUACACCGUUUCAUCAUAUUCGUUCGCAAUGGGCGAAAGUGAACGCAAUAACUAAUCCAAAACUAAAUAUUCCUUUCCCUAAAACUUUGUCGUCAGAGGGUAAUAAAAUUAUACCGUCGCCACCAAUUUUAAUUGAUGUAAUGCGUAAAUGUCUUCAGCAUGACCCAAAAGCACGGCCAACCGUGACUGAGCUUUUACAAAUAGAGUAUAUACCUACUAAAGAAGAACAUGUAUUAACAACACUUCCUGAGAUUCCAGCAAAUAUUUUGGUGAAAAUGAAGCACACGUUGAGUGAAGACGAAUGGCGGCAAUUAACAUGGAUUUUGGAGAACAGACGGUAUACAUGA